GGGCUAGGGGCGGGGCGGCGCCGUCCGCGGGGGCGCGCUUAUCUUCCUCGCCGCUCGGCUUGUCGCCUCGUUUUACCUACCUAGCGCGUCUAGGCCAGGGCCGCGCCCGUCCCCACUCUGCUGCUGGGCGCGUCCCGCGCAUCCCAGGCCUGAAUCGGAACCGUUCGCCGAGGCCGUCACCGGAGCCACACGCCGACCGGCAACCGGGGAGGCGGGCUUUGCGUGCCGCCCGCCAUGGCCGCGGCGGGGUGAGCUCGGCGCUGCGGCCGAAGUCGCUCCGGGCGGGACUGCGCGGGUCCGGGCGGGCGCCGGAGGCCAAGGGGAGCCGGGGCCGCCGCCCAUGGCGAGGCCGCGCCGCCGCCGCCGCUGCUGAGCCGGCGGCCGGGCCUCCCUCAGCGCCCGCCCGCGCCUCGGGCCGCCGAAGAUGGGGACCACGACCUCGUGCUGCGUGUCGGCCAGCCCCAAGCUCCGCAGGAACGCGCACUCGCGCCUGGAGUCCUACCGGCCUGACGCUGACCUGAGCCGCGAGGACACGGGCUGCAACCUGCAGCACAUCAGCGACCGGGAGAACAUCGAUGAUUUGAACAUGGAAUUCAAUCCUUCAGAUCAUCCUCGGGCCAGCACAAUAUUCCUCAGUAAAUCUCAGACGGACGUGAGAGAAAAACGCAAGAGUCUCUUCAUUAACCAUCAUCCUCCAGGACAAAUAGCAAGGAAGUACAGCUCCUGUUCCACGAUCUUCCUCGAUGAUAGCACAGUCAGUCAACCAAACCUCAAGUACACAAUUAAAUGUGUAGCUCUUGCAAUAUAUUAUCACAUCAAAAACAGGGACCCAGAUGGAAGGAUGCUCUUAGAUAUUUUUGAUGAAAACCUUCACCCUCUUUCGAAAUCCGAAGUGCCACCAGAUUAUGACAAACACAAUCCAGAGCAGAAGCAGAUUUACCGGUUUGUUCGGACACUGUUCAGUGCUGCACAGCUGACAGCUGAAUGUGCCAUUGUUACCCUGGUGUACCUGGAGAGACUGCUAACGUAUGCAGAGAUAGAUAUCUGUCCAGCCAAUUGGAAGCGAAUUGUCCUAGGGGCGAUCUUGCUGGCCUCCAAGGUAUGGGAUGAUCAGGCUGUGUGGAACGUGGAUUACUGCCAGAUCCUGAAGGACAUCACCGUGGAGGACAUGAAUGAGCUAGAGCGACAGUUUCUUGAAUUGCUCCAGUUCAACAUCAAUGUCCCUUCCAGUGUGUAUGCCAAGUAUUAUUUUGAUCUUCGUUCUCUGGCAGAAGCAAACAACCUGAGCUUUCCCUUAGAGCCCCUGAGCAGAGAAAGGGCCCACAAACUUGAGGCCAUCUCUCGCCUCUGUGAGGACAAGUACAAGGACCUGAGAAGAUCCUCACGGAAGCGGUCAGCAAGUGCUGACAAUCUGACUCUGCCGAGGUGGUCACCAGCCAUCAUCUCCUAACCGCGCAGUGUCCCCCGGAGCCUGUACCACACCUCAGUUUCUCCUGUGGUUUGAGAAAAGACGUGUUGGAGUGGUUUUGUUUUUGUUCUUCCUUUCUUUUUCUAACUCAUAGCUCCGGCAGGCAGCCUCCACACCACCUCGUGCUGCUGGUCACACAGCAAGGCUCCAAGGGAAGCAAAGUCAGUAUUCUGGAAACCCGUUUCACACUUCCCCCUCUCCAUUAACAGCACUUCCUUGUGGAGGAAACAGACUCAUACUGGAGGAGGAACAGUGGGAAAAGAAGUUGUGUGGAGGAGGGAAAAUGGUUGAGUGGCUUGGCCAUUUCUUAACCCGUCUGGUCAGGAGAUGAAUGCAUCAGAAGCACACAGUAGGUAGCCAAGUUGGAUGUGCAUUAAAGACAGGAGUGCCACGCUUACCACCCCAUUUGGAUCAGUGUGUUCUGUAAGACUUCUUGCAUUCCUUCUUGCUGCUUUUUGGGGGGUGGGAUGGGGGGCGAGAUUUGAGGGAUUUUAUUUUUAUUCUGUUUUGGUCCCACAGAGCAGAGAAUAUAGUUUGUACCCACUAUGGCACAGACAUCCAAAUAAAUAGUACUGUUUGUUUCUCUCUGCACUAUUUUUGUGAGCUGUCUUCUGAGCUUUCUUCCUCAUAAGUGGGAUGUGCUUCUUACAUUUCUGUACAUCUUUAUUGUACUGUAUAUGGUUUGUCUUCAACAGUGGCAAGAUUCACUUGACUGUAGUGCUGAACCAAAAGUAUCCCUUUCUCUUCUUACUCUUCAUGCCAAGAAAAUUCUAGAUCACAUGGGUGCUUGUGCCUUCCAAUUUUCUUACGGUUGCUGUUUUGUUGUUAAUUAUUUCCAUACCCUCCCACUCCCCAACCCCCACCAGUCAUAGUUACCAGUCAGUCAGACCUUGUUGGCUAGAGGAAGCAGUGUGCAGCAAAAAAGGGCCUCCCUGGACUGGGUCCAGUCCUGGAAGCUCCAUGUGCCAGUCACCAUGUAGAAACACUUCUCUGUCUCCUGUUAGUUCCUUCUACUACCAUGUCCAUUGUUGCAAGCAAUAUUCUCAAUUUUUAUAUGUUUACUUUAAAUCAAAGUUAGUCUAUUUGUAUAAAAUUUUUUAAAAAUUCAAAACUUAAAAAAAGGGUGGGUGGGUUGUCCAGUGGGAAGAUCACUGACAGGGAAAUGUUAUUAUUUACUGAGGUAUUUUUCACAGAAUGAUUGAAUAAAAACUCAACUUACAUUUUCAUUGUGGGUGCUUAGAGGAGAUACAAAAUCCAAACUGAAGGUUUAUGCUUCAUUAAUUAUGACCAUGCUUUUCUCCCUGAUUUUCUUAUGAACUAGAUAUGAGUAUUUUAUAUCCAAUAAAAAUUAUUAAAGGUACAAUAUCAAAUAGCAAAUUUGGUAUCAACUCUAAGAAUCUGCGUUACUUACACAGAUAAGGUUUUGGGUUUUUAUUUUCUUAGGUCACAGUGACUGAGAUUCCUGAAUAUUUUUCAAGUCUGAGCAAAUAACAGCAAAUGGUGUCUGUUUCAGUCUUUCCUUGUGAGCUUGGAAAACCUUAGAUUUCUGUGUUAAUUAGUUUUGAGUACCCUAAAGGCAUGCAUAUACCUGACUCCCACCUUGCCUACUCACAGUAAAAUAUGCUUUGGAAAUGGAAGGGACUUAGAAAGUCAAAAUUCCAAGAGCACCAAGUCAAAAAGUUGGUUGGAAUGUGUGUUAUGUAUAAUCAUAAUUAUUUGGGCCAGAAAUAUGGCCAAAUUCUUUCUUGCCUACACUUUUAAGUGUAGACAACAGAAAAUGAAAAUUUAAUUACCUUCCUAUUGUAAUUGUGAUUUACUUUGAAUGGGAACCAAAUCAGCUUUUCUCUAAGAGUUGAAUUUAGAACUUUAAAUAGAGAUCUAAAAAUAUAGAAAAUAUCAUUUUAUAUUCCCUAAUCUAUAUAGCUUAAAAAGGGACAUAUUUUCUUAGCUGAAUAUGAGUACCUCGUAGACAUAAAUUCAUUCCUCUCAUGUAAAAUAGUUUAUUUAAUCAAUCCACUUCAGGAGAGAGAUUCUGCUAACUUUAGAGCAGAAAUCUUAUUUUUAUCCCUUUUAUUUGAAUGAAAGAUUUGAAAAUUGACUUAUGUAAAUAUUUCAAUGCAUCUGCUAUUAUUUUGUGGAGUUUAUUAAACUACUUUUGAAAAUUGUAUAGUCUAUUUAUUGUAUGUAUGUACAUACAGUCUAAUACCUGAAAUUUAGAGUGGAUUCCAUAUAACCUGGUUCAGUCUUGUUUAGACUAUUGAAUAUUGUUUUAGCCUUGUGCACUGGACUCUACCUCUGUAUAGGAAAAUUUUCCAUAUUCAUUAAUUAGUAUUGAUCUGUAUUAAUUGGUUAUGUUUCUUGCACUAAGGAUUUUUAAAACUACUGUAAGUGUAGGUUUUAGUUUUACCUCCAUAGUAUGAGUCACUUGACACAUAGGUAAAUCUCUUAGGUUUGUUUUAUUUUUCUACAUAAUGAUGGAGAUUUAACAAUUUUUGUUCUCUGCUUUUUUCCUGUUUGCCAAAAGAAAAAACAAACAAUAUAAAACCAGUACAGUAUCUAUUUAUAAGUUGUAGUAAGUACAGUUUGUUUGCAAAGUGAUUAUAUGCCCUACAGGAUAAAUUGGCUGGCUGCUUAGUGUAGUUUUUGAAUGGAGAGUUUUUCAUCAUUAAUGAAGAAUGAAGAAAACUUCACAAUGUGUUGGAUUUAAUUUUAGAUUUGAUUUCAAUAACAAAUAAAAUCAUUGGGACUGUAACAGACAUCCCAGAAAAUUUCGUUUGCUUUUUUUUAACUGGGAAAGGGAAGUCAGAAGGUUAAAAACAAACCGAGGAACCGGGGGAUGAAGGGGAUGUGGUAAAGGCUGGAGGUGCAGAGAGGGGAUCCAAGGCUUGACGCUGUCUGGAGUCAUCUCUUCCUUCAGACGGGCUUUGCUGCCUCCUUUCUCCUGGUCUUCGGCAGGGUAUCUCCAUGUGAUACAUUUGGGAAUCUCCUUUACUGCAAGGAAGGAUUUGGAGAGUGAGCUAUUUUGACUUUUUUUUUUUUUUUUUUUUUUUUUUUUUUUUUGCUUUUUGAUAAAACCUUUUCACCUGGGGUCAUAUUUUAUGGCUUCAAAUUUUAAAAACAAAAAACUUGAGGCCAUUUGUAGGUGUUUAAUAAGUAUUAAAUACAUACAGAGAACAAACAGUGCCUGCCUCCCUGCUGCAUUUUUGAGUUGUCAUGUUAAGAUGAUAAGAGUUUUAUGGUUGCCAAGUAAACUAAUUUUUUAUAAGAAUAGUGAGAGAAAGUAUAUUAGCCAUGUGAGUCAAACAGUACAAGAUCUACUUACAGACUGUCCUCAGUCCACAUGGUGGUGUAGUAGAAACCUAAAAGAGCCCAGCACCUCUGUCAGAUGCUCUUUAUUUUAUCACAAAUCGCUCUUGCCCUGCACUACUGGAGUUAACGUUUCAAGACUUACAUUGAGUGAAUCUUGUAAACCAAAACUGUCUUCUGAAAAGCCAACCACAGGGAGCUCCUAGUUGAAAAACAGAAGGAAUAAGAAAUACACCCUUACUCUGAGGUGGGAAUGGAUAGUUCACUUGUGCUCCAUAUGUUAACACUGUGUGAACUUCAGGGGGUGUCCCACAGACAGCUUCAUUAUGGUAAUGACUUGCUGUUAUUGAAUGCAAGGCCUUGCUAGAAAGCUUGUGCCCAAAAGCAGAUUGCCCCCAUGGGUGUCAGGCAAGUCCAACGGAGAGCAGCAGGCACUUGCACUGGCAAAACUGAGGAUCACUACUUCAUCUUGAUGUCCUCCCAGUUUUUCCUACUAAAUGUUCUGAUUAAGUUUGUGUAGUGAAAAGAUUUCUUUGUGCCACUUUCCAUUAGAAAUGUCCUUCAGUUCAGUGAUCAACAACCAAAAUGAUCUGCUUUUAUUGUCAAGCAGGAGUCGAUAGAGGCUGCUGAUUGUGUUGCUACAAGCCUUUGUGUUGGCUGCAAGUGUCCAGGUGAGGCUCUGUGUUGACAGCUGUAUCUGUAAUUUAUAGAUCUUUGUCAAAUGAACCUGUUACAAUAAGAAUUGAACUCAAAACAUGGUGUCUGAUCAAAUGGCAUUCAGGUUUCACAGGUCUCAAUAAACCGUCUUGUAUCUUUAGUGAUUUGGUUUGGGGUAGGGGACUUUACUGCUUUUAAGAACUUUUGUUUAUAUAAAUUAUUUCAAAUGUGGGAUAAAAGAAUGUCAUUCAAAAAUAAAUACAAUUUUGAACAAAAAUAUUAAAUGUAACUUGAACUAUGUGUAACACUUUA